UUGAACUUGCAGGCUUCGCUCCCUUUGCCCACAGCUCGGUCCCGGCUCCGCCGCUCGGAGUCAGGUGCUCGCCGGCGGGAAGCGAGCGAAGGAGGGGACACCGAGCUCCGGCACAAGGGGACAGCCCGGAACCACCGGCUCCUUCCAGCACUAACGAGGGGAUUUACUCUUUCAUGCGGCCACUGGGAUCUCUGGACUAGCCCAGCCACCACGUUGUGAUUUUUUGCUAUCUCUGCAAUACGCUACCUUUUAAGGUCAAGAUGUUGUUAAGUAUAAAAAGUAUCUUAUGGAUGUACUCUACGUUAGUUAUAACAUAUAUGCUACCUAAAGUUAAAGCAGAAAAAAAAACCCUGGUCAAGGGAUCUCUCUCUGGAACUUCAGUCCUGCCGUGCUUCUUUUCAACCACACCCACCAUAUCCUCCAGCUACGCUGCCGAGUACCUCCGGAUCAAAUGGUCCAAGGUGGAACUGGACAAAAGCGGCAAGGACGCCAAGGAAACCACGGUCCUGGUGGCCCAAAAUGGCAACAUCAAAAUAGGCCAGAGCUACAAGGACAGGGUGUCUGUCCCCAGCCACUCCGAGGAGAGCGGGGACGCCUCGCUGACCUUCUCCAAGCUGCGCGCCAGCGACGCCGGGGUCUAUCGCUGCGACGUCAUGUACGGAGUGGAGGACACGCAGGGCAUCGUCUCGCUGGCUGUUGAGGGUGUUGUGUUUCACUACCGGGCUGCCACAAGCAGGUACACCCUGAAUUUCACACAGGCUCACCAGACCUGCCGGGACAACGGCGCCGUCAUGGCCAGCCCAGAGCAGCUGAAAGCAGCCUACGAGGAUGGCUUUGAGCAGUGUGAUGCUGGAUGGGUGUCUGACCAGACUGUCAGGUAUCCAAUCAGACAUCCAAGAGUUGGCUGCUUUGGAGAUAAGAUGGGAAAGAAAGGAGUCAGGACAUACGGGCGCCGCUUCCCUAACGAGACUUACGAUGUUUACUGCUACGUGGAGCACAUGGAAGAUGAAGUGGUCCACGUCUCAUCCCCCCAGAAGUUCACCUUCGAGGAAGCUAGGGAGCUGUGUGAGGAGCGAGGCGGUGUCCUGGCUUCCGUGGGGAACCUCUACGUGGCCUGGAGGAACGGCUUUGACCAGUGUGACUACGGGUGGCUGGCGGACGGCAGCGUCCGCUACCCGGCCUCCGUGGCGCGGCCCCAGUGCGGCGGGGGUUUACUUGGGGUGAGAACCCUGUAUCGCUAUGAGAACCAAACAGGCUUCCCUUACCCCGAUAGCAAGUUUGAUGCCUACUGCUAUGAACGCCAAGAUCCGUGCAAGAGCAGCCCCUGCCUCAACGGUGGUACCUGCUACCCACGUGGUUCCUUCUACAUCUGUACCUGCCUGCCAGGUUUCAGUGGGGAGCAGUGUGAAUUAGAUAUCGAUGAGUGCCAGUCCAACCCGUGCCGGAACGGAGCCACGUGCAUUGACAGCCUCAACACCUUCACCUGCCUGUGCCUGCCCAGCUACGUGGGGGCUCUCUGUGAGCAAGACACGGAGACCUGUGACUACGGCUGGCACAAGUUCCAGGGCCAGUGCUACAAGUACUUCGCGCACCGGCGCACGUGGGACACGGCGGAGCGGGAGUGCCGCCUGCAGGGAGCACACCUGACCAGCAUCCUCUCCCACGAGGAGCAGAUCUUCGUCAACCGUAUUGGCCAUGACUACCAGUGGAUUGGCCUCAAUGACAAGAUGUUUGAGCGUGACUUCCGCUGGACUGAUGGCAGCCCACUGCAAUAUGAGAACUGGAGACCAAACCAGCCAGACAGCUUCUUUUCUGCUGGAGAAGACUGUGUUGUUAUAAUCUGGCAUGAGAAUGGGCAGUGGAAUGAUGUCCCGUGCAAUUACCACCUCACUUAUACCUGCAAGAAAGGAACAGUGGCUUGUGGCCAGCCUCCUGUUGUGGAAAAUGCAAAGACCUUUGGGAAGAUGAAGCCUCGUUAUGAGAUCAACUCCCUCAUCAGAUACCACUGCAAGGAUGGCUUCAUCCAGCGCCACAUCCCGACCAUCCGCUGCCAGGGGAACGGACGAUGGGAUAUGCCCAAAAUUACUUGCAUGAAUCCCUCUACAUACCAAAGGACUUACUCUAAGAAAUACUACUACAAACACUCCUCAUCAGGCAAGGGGACGUCGUUAAACUCCUCCAAGCACUACCACCGCUGGAUCAGGACGUGGCAGGACUCGAGGCGCUGAGAGCUAAAUGGUGAAUUGGGGAUUUCCACCAUUUCAGCCAAAGUCAUAACUUUCUGUGCCUUUUUCUAUCACUUAUAGGAGUAUUAUCGAAUCGUUUUGAAACUACGGACUGCAGUAUUCACGACGCGUUUUGCAAAAAAAAAAAGGAAAAAAAAUAGAAAUUACGGUGUUUAUCAGAAAAUUUAAGAAAUAAAUAAAAAAGAGGAGAAGUGCUUAUGGGGAUAAAAGGAAACCAUUUCCAGCCUAUAAAGAUUAUUAGUUUUCUAUAUGCCAUCGGUGUGGACCAUUUUAUGAUAUGUACCAGCCUUCUGCAAUAUUUAAACAGCUCAAUUUUAGCACCAAUGAAAAUGUAAAUAAGAUGAUUUUAAUGUUGUUUGACUGUGUGUUGUUUUUAAAAUCCUGUAUAUAAAAUGAAAAGUCACACUAAUUUCAGGCAUAUUUAUGGUUAGAACGGCCUCAGAGGUCUUCAGUCAUUUAUGACGUUGUUUCUGUGUUGUUUACCUAGGCUGGAAAUGGUUGAAAUAAAGACUUCACUGACUGAAAUUUGCAAUUAUCAGGUGAAGAUAAACACACAAGUGACAUGACUUUUUUUUUUUUUUUUUUUUUUUUUUUUUAAUGGGAGCUGUGCCAAUUCCCACCCAAGGUACAGUUUGUGUCCCAGGAGAUGAAAAGUUUAGACAGAGCACAUAAAAGUGGCACGAAGCAUGAACUAGGGACUGCAAUAUGGAACGUUUUUUCUGCUCUCCAUUCCAGCUUCAGCACACGUGAGAAAGGACUGUGUGGAGGAGUUGUGUAUGACAAGGAGAGCCUGUAAAAUUCCAAGUGCUAAUACAUUAACUUUAUCAACCAGGGCCACUUUUUUUUUGUUUUGUUUUGGUUUUUUUGUUUGUUUGUUUUUUCGAGAAGAGAAAAAAAAGGAAACAAGUAAAAAAAUUACUUUCAUGAUAUUAACCACAAGGUCUAUAUUACAGGUCUCUGCAUUCUAAAAUGGAGGUAGACCUGGUGUUUGGGGGAUUUUUUUUUUGUAGAAAACAAACAAAAAUCAAAAAAGUAAAUAAUUUUGUAUAUAUAACCAUUUUUUAAUCUUUUUAUAAAGUAAUGAAUGUUUGUGUAUGAAUGCUGCAGCUGUGAAGCGUACAUAAAUAAAUGAAGUAAGCCAUACUGAUUUAAUUUAUUGGAUGUUAUUUUACCCAUUCAAAGAAGAUUCAAAGAGCUCGCCAGUGCAGUAUUAGCCCCUGAGCUCCACUUUUGGAACCAUCUUUCAGUUCAGCUUGCUCUUUUUCCCCGGAGAACAAAAAUUCCUGCUAAACAGGAUAAUUUGUUGGCGGCUAGAUGGGUGAGAGCUGUGCGUGACCCACAGAAGAAUCAGGAUCUUGGCUUUCUCUAAAGAAGUGUGUGCACAGAUUGGUUCUAGGUUGUAGUUUGGUGCAGUGUGUACGUAGGAGUUUUCUUUUAUGAUUUCUUGCCCUGGUCAGUGCCACCACUGACCUGGGUGUGUACAGUGAGUGUAGGAGGUGACGUUUGAAACGGCCUCUCCACGGAAAGGACUGUUGUUCCUGCAAAGUGCCUUGCACACCUUUGGGCACAGGACAAAAAAAAAAAAAAAAAAAAGUGGAAAAAAAAAAAUUCAAAAAAAGGGAAAAAAGGAAUAACAGUUAAAAAACCCUCGUGAAGAUAAAGUAAGUUCCUUAGGAUGUACCUUUUAAAGUAACAUGAAAAACACACACAGGCGCCAGGUUUACGCCUCUGUGUUCGCGUGGGGUUGUGAUGGGGACAGAAAAACUGAGAGGGAAAGGAGAAGAAUUGAAACCCAGCCACCAGGGCAGAGCUGCCCGUGGAGUGACCUUGCCACAGCUGAAACCAGAGUUCAGACAACGUCCCCUGGCCCUGAGGAAUGGCAGAGGCUGCUCCUCACCCUUGUGGCAGGACCUCCUUGUGUUGGCCGGUCUAUUCCCCACCCCUCACCCCCAAACAAUGCACAUAAUACUUUUCUCUAUUUAUAUUAUUAUCUUGUAUAGUGUAUAAUGUGAA